AUGUGGGUGUACAUCGUCGUUUUUACGAGUUUCGCCGUUUAUAUUACGUUAUCAUUUAUCUUCCUUCGUAAACCGCAUUUUCUUCAUAAACGACGUCGACCUGCAUUCAUCGCUCGAAAUAUAGCUCAUCGAGGGGGUGCCGCAGAAUCUAUUGAAAAUACUUUACUUGCAUUUGACACAGGACUAACAAAUGGAGUAGAAAUGCUUGAAUUAGAUUGUCAUUUAACCAAAGAUAAUCAAGUUGUUGUGCAUCAUGAUUUUUCACUUGACAGAACGACGGGUGAAGAGAUAUUUAUCAGAGAUAUUGAAUAUCAUAAUUUACCUAGAAUUAGUACUAAUGUAGAUCUUUAUUAUGAUGCAAGUACAGUUAUAUCAUGUGAUAAUAAUCCAACAAAUGAAGAAUUAUUGCGUAUACCAUUGUUAAAAGAUGUUUUUGAACGUUAUCCAGCAAUACCAAUUAAUAUUGAUGUUAAAGAACAUAACGAUGAACUUAUUCGUCAAAUUUCGAAGCUUAUUCAAGAAUAUCAACGAGAACAUUUGACUUAUUGGGGUAGUUUUAAUCAUGUUGUAUGCCAAAAAUUGACUGCUGAAAAUUCACGUAUAGUUCGUUUUUGUUCAUUAAAAGAAGCAAUAGGUAUUGUCAUUGCUUAUUGGCUUGGUUUAUUACCGUUUAUACCAUUAAAACCGGGUGUCUUUGAAGUACCUAUUCCUGGUGAAGUUUUCCAAAAAAUAACAAGAAAUUUUAAUUGGAAAUUUAAAAUGGUAUUUUAUCUCGCAGAACGUGCAUUAAAUAAUAAAUCUAUGUUUGUGCAUUUACAACGACGUGGUAUUCCGGUGUACGUUUGGACAUUAAAUAAUGAACAAGAAUUUGAAUAUGCUAUUCAAAAAAUGUCUGUUACCGUUGAAGAAUUACACAUAGCUGUUGAAGCUAAUGAUAAUGCAACAACAGAACAAUUAUUAGGAAAUUUAUGUGAAGGUCUUCGUCAUGCUAGAGAAGAUCGUGAGCGAUUUCUAGAUAAAUUCGAUAUAGUUCUUCAAUGGGCUAAAGAAUCAGGCAAAUCGGUAGAACAAUUAAUCGAUAAUCUUCUCGCACAAGAUGGUGUUCAUUAG